UCUGAAGAAGGCGGUCGUUGCUGCUGUUUCCCUAGUCACUUUAACUGUUAGAGAUCCACAAUUCUCCCCAUUUCUUUUUCUCGGAAGUAAUUAGGAGUGAUUAGACUCAAGAAUUUGCCGCUGCUUGGUAAGAAUGACACGAUAUUUGAAAGUUUUCCUCCUCAUGGUGAUUGCGGUGUUCAUAUACGUUUUACUCUACAUGCGUGAAAGCAGAGGGAACUACAUUUUAUCGAGAACUUUCUUUUCAGAUAAUGCUACUAGGAAUGGCUCGUGGCUUUCCUUUGAGUGGCUUCCUGGAGGACUUCUGAACUGGAAUGCAACAGACACUUCCAUUUCGACAAUACCAAAUGCACUUGAGAGUCAUUUGGUCCCUCUUAGAGGAAUUGGUGAUUCUUUUUUGCCCUUCGAGAAAUUGAAUGAAAGCAGCUCUGAAGAGGCAGCUGAUGGGAAUCCACCUCUCAAGAAGAUACUCUUUUGGAAUGAUUUCUUCGGUGACAAAUCACAAGGCUUUGGUUUUGGUCGGGAUCCUUUCGUCAAGUCCGGGUGUCGAAUCAGCACUUGCUUCACGACGGCAAACCGCAGCCUGUUUUCGCUGGAGGAGGUGGAUGCAGUUGUCUGGCACGUCAGGUCCGGUGAUCAGUCCUUCCCUUCCAAGAGGUCUCCACAUACCAGAUACAUAUAUUGGCUUCUAGAAUCACCGAUGCAUGUGCAUACCAAUCUCAAAAACUUGACAAACGUCUUCAACUGGACCUUCACUUAUAGGCUAGACUCUGAUGUUCCUACUCCGUUUGAUAGGGUGUACCGCUUGCGAACACCUGGGCCUGUACCUGCUGGGAGGAAUUAUGCCUCUGGCAAGACAAAGUUGGCCGCCUGGUUUGUCUCUAACUGCCAUACCAGAUCUGGCAGAGCAACGUUGGUGAACACGCUCAAGAAGUGGAUACCGAUUGACGUUUACGGAGGUUGUGGUCAGCACAGAUGCCCCAGGAGUGAAAAUUGUUACAAAAUGCUCGAACGGGAUUACAAAUUCUACUUUUCUUUCGAGAAUUCCAUCUGCAAAGAUUAUGUCACCGAGAAAAUAUUUAACGUUUUGAGGUAUAAUGUUGUACCAGUGGUUUAUGGUCUUGCAAAUUACACGGCAUUUUUACCUCCUAAAUCUCACAUUAAUGUUCUUGACUUCCCAAGUGCCGAGAGUUUGGCUAGGUAUCUUCAGUAUUUAGAUAAAGAUGAUACAGCAUACAAUGAAUAUUUCAGGUGGAAACCUUAUCACAAAGUACUAUCAAAUUCUGGAGAGGGAUGGUGUGACAUGUGUGCGAAACUUCACGAAGACCAGUCUCCGAAGGUCUACGACGACAUAGACAAAUGGUACAUCACAGAUGCAAAGUGUCUGACCGAUCAGUCGCCGGAGAUAUCGAAUUUCGUUAGUGGAAUUCCUAUAGGGGACGGCGUCGACCCCAACAGGAUAGUUCGACCUUGAAAUGAUACUCGUUUCCUCAGUAUUGGGAUGAACGAAAUGCAAGAAGUUCAUCACUCCGAUUUGUGUAAAGAAGUCUGUAAGUUUAUGAUGUAAACGUGUUUGUAUUUGCGUCGUAGCUGUGUUA